UUUUUAUUUUUUCGCCUUCAGAAACUCCGAAAAAUCAACAAAAGUUUCAACCUCCAAAAACCUCCAAAACCCUAAUCAGAUUUUCAUAUUUCCACACUUCAAUUCAAUCCCAUUUCACAAAUCUAUCAAUUUUCGCCAACUUAAUUUCACCAUUUUAGACUCGUUAAGCAGCUUAAUUAACUACACACACAAAUUUGGGAGUAAUAAUGGCUGGUUCUGGAAGCUUCGCGGUGUCGCGGAGUCAUGGCGGUGACCGAUUCUACAAUCCUCCUGCUAUGCGCCGGCACCAGCAGAUGCUAUUACAACAGCAACAGCAGCAGCAGUUACAGAAACAACAACAACAACAGCAGCAGCAGUUGCAGAGAGCAGCUAAUAAAGCUGAGGCGCCUGCUGCUGAGGCGGCUGGGAACCGGACGGACUCGGACGAUUCGACUACGACAUUGUCUAAGACGCCCUCCGUUUGCUCCGCUGCUUCGCCGCCACGGCCGCCGCCAGUAAAUGUUACUAAUUUGGAUAGUUUGAUUGAAUCUGUUACUCCCUUCGUGCCCGCCCUGCAUUUUUCUGAGGUGAAUGUAAGAGGCCGUAGAACUAGGGAAGCAGAGUCAAAUCCCUAUUAUUGCCUUGGGGAUCUCUGGGAAGCUUUUAGUGAGUGGAGUGUCUAUGGAGUGGGCGUACCACUAUUGUUGAAUGGGAAAGACUCAAUUAUACAGUAUUAUGUUCCUUUCUUAUCCGGCAUCCAGUUGUAUGUAGAUCCAUCUAAGCCAUCUUCACGCCUUAGGUAAGCCAACCUUUGAUGUUCUUUUUCUAUUUUCGUGCUAAUUAGUCUUUUAAUUGGUAUAUAGUUAUUCACCAUUUCUCCGAAUGCUUAUUCUGCUUGCCAUCUAAAUUGGUAUCCACUUUAGCCAUGCUUCGUAAUUUUUCAAUUGCUCAGUUCAGUUUGAGUGGGUUACAAAAAUAUAUAUUCAAUUUGAGCGGAUUACAACAUAGACGCACAAGCUUUAACUUGGACGUGCAUUGAGUUCACUGUUUCAAUUGCCUAAUUCCUUGAGAUGAGGAUAUUAUUGUUGUUCCAUUGCCACAAAACGCUCUUAAAGGAACCAUUGCAAUAAAAAUGCUCCAAAAUUGGUUCUUCUUUUUCCUAUGUUGUUGAAAUCACCCCCCUUAUGAGAGACUUUAAUAACUCUCCAUGCCGCAAAUGGGAUGUUGGGAUGAUUAGGAUGAAUAGAAUCUUCAGAGGGAAUAGGAUUCACUUGGAAUCAUGGAUUUUAUGACGUUGAAGUGUAGUUUAAGACACUGCUAUUUGGUAGUCAUUUAUGGGAAUAUCUUUUCAUUGCAAAUGAUGCCUUAAAAUAGAAGCUAAGGGGUAGUUAUUUCAUAAUUUUGCUUAGGAUGGCGAUCUAUUCUUUUUGAUAACUUACCACGUUUACUAAAUUGCAUGUGAUGGUUGACUGUUUUAUAUUGCAGUCUGUUAUUUUGUCCAUAUCAUCUAUCCACAGCCUCCAACUCUUGGAGGGAUAUUUCGUAUGCAUUUUGUGGAAGUGUGAUGUGAUUCAUAGAAAGCUUUAUGCUGCUUGUUGAAGAAAAUUGAGAGUACCAACUUGAUAGGUACAUUAAAUAGACAAGAGUAUAUUGAGAGUAUCAACUUGAUGGUUGCAUUA